ACGCACCUCUGACAUGUGACGACAGCAUGGAAGAUUGUGAUCUCAACCGCUACCGCGAUAUGAUAAUCGAGGGAGAUUUGCCGCUAGACUUGCGUCCACCACCUAGACUCUAUCUACCUCACUAUCUCCGCGACGACAGAGAGGACUACCAGCAGGAUGACACCUACGUAUCCGUCGACGAGGACACGCCAGAACUCCCGCCACCGUCCAGUGACUCCGAAAGAUACGACGCGUCCAGCCCCAUCGAUACCAAACCGAGCUCACCAAAGAAACCAAAACAGAAGUCCUCGUCCCAGUUAAUCAAACCCCCUUACUCAUACAUAGCGCUGAUCACCAUGGCGAUACUCCAAUCGCCGCAUAAGAAAUUAACAUUAAGUGGUAUAUGUGAAUUCAUCAUGACGCGGUUUCCAUAUUACCGGGAAAAAUUUCCAGCGUGGCAGAACUCCAUUCGGCACAACUUAAGUCUCAACGAUUGUUUCAUAAAGAUACCGCGGGAGCCGGGGAAUCCGGGGAAAGGGAACUACUGGACGUUGGAUCCCAUGGCUGAGGAUAUGUUCGAUAAUGGGAGCUUUUUGCGGCGUAGAAAGAGGUACAAAAGACCGGCGCCGUCGCUUCAACACGCUCACGCCGUCGUAGCGAUGUUGGCAAGGGAGGCUUACGCUCCGCUUUUGCCCUUGCCAUGUUAUUUGCCGCCGACGCCGUUGCUGUCGCUGCCGCGCCCGCCGCCGGCGACUUUACGCCCUGUCCCGCUGCCACCGAGGGUUCCAGAAAUGACUGACACUCGAUGUAAGAGAUCAAGAAAUGGUUUCUCGAUAGAGUCAAUAAUCGGGUCGCAAGACAGCGAGGCCGUUGAACCGCGACGUAGUGCAUUUUCGCCGCUCCAUUUAGGGUCUAGCCCGCCGGACGAUUGGGCUAGAUGAAUGUAUGAAAACGGGUGCGUUAAUAAUUACUUUUAAACGUCCCGAUAGUAUAAGACUUGGACUAAAUAAUAUUGUGUGUUAAAGGUCAUAUAUACAAUUAUAAAGAUGUCCAGCCGACAAUUGGCAAUUGACCAAAGCAGUUACCAGUAUUUUAAUCUAUUUACGUAUUUUUUGCAUCGGUUUUAAGUGGUGUAAGUACUAAUAAUGUUAAUAAAAUAGAAUAUAUGUAGCAUAAUGUCAAAAAUUUAAAGUUCGUCCGAUUCAGUAGCGCAGUAACUUGAAACAAUAUUAAUUCGUAAUUAUUUAUUUCGUUUUCAUUCAAUUUAUAUUUUUUAAAUAUAUUUGGAAUGCGUCAUUACAGUCGUUUUAAAAUAAAGUAUUUACAUAUUCUAUUACAAAUCUAAUUUAGAAUAUUUUGUUAUAUUUUUACGUUAUAUGAUGCGAUACAAUGUCUAGUCACU